UCUGAUCAAAGAUGGCGGCCACCGAUCCAUGGAGGAAGUAGGAUCUGCUGGAAGAAUUUAUGAAACUCAAGGGCCGGAGAGGCCUUCUAAUUUCAAUUAUGGAGUGUGAAGUGUUCUGAUUGUAUGUGUCUAUAUUCGUUGAUGUCUGGAUAUGUAGUUCAUGUUGGAUUUACGGCUUACACGGGCUCUUUUACCCGGCUGAAAACGGAGCCGAGCUCUUGACUCGUAUCUGAGUCUGAGGCGAUGGGAGCACAAAAUGCAAAGGAACCAAAGCCCGGUUCCGGAAAGAGUAGGGCCAAGCCUACGAAGGAACCAAGGGUAUCACAGGGGAACAUUUUUGCUGAACAUUCAGGU